AUGUCGGAUACAGGAGCAGCAGCAGAAGACGCGCUGUCCGUCCCGAGUGGUGGUGCGGGUGGUGCGUCUACGAGCGCGAACGGGCUCAGCAAAUCGUCGUCGCUCAACGGCAAAGGCAAAGCCGCCGCGAGCAGCAACACCAAGAGUACCGGCGGCACGAGUACGAGCAGAAAGGAUGCGCUCGCUCUGGCUGCGGAGGAAGAAAAGGACAUCAAGCGGAGGAGCAGUAAGGCCUGUACGUUCGCGUUCGUUCGCCUUGACCUCGCCACGUCCGGGGCGAGACCAAGUGGUGGCCCGCUCACCGCUCGUUGCGCUUGGCUGACCCCUUCGGCGUCUCUCUUGCAUCGACAGGUGACAAGUUAGUAAAGGACCGCGUGGGCUAUCUGGGAUGGGUUUACACCUUACUGACUGGUCCCUCGUUCUAUCAUGUGCUACCGAAACUGUGGCUCCGUGCAUGCGCCCCGUUUGCCCACGCUUUUACCCCGGCCUGAUCAACCCCACACACGAAAACCGACCGACCGACCGACCGACCGACCGACCGACCGACCGGAUUCCCUGCCGUUGCUCCGUUCCCCGGCGAACCCCACACAGCUGCCGCAAAUCGAAAUGCAAGUGCGCCCGACCGAUCGACCCCGAGACCGGCCACCCCGUCGGCGUGUGCGAGAACUGCCUCCAGGCCGGCACCGAAUGCACCUACAACGGCGCCUCGCGCAAGCGGUAAGUCCCUCCCUGCCCGCGAUCGAAGGCUCAGCUCCCACGGCUCAAGCCGCGGCUCGGCUGGCGCAUGCGCAACUGCGGGAUGCGAGGCUGAUCAGGGGUUUUGUUUGAUUCCGAUAGGGGUCCUCCAAAAGGAUGUGCGUCCAAUCGGUCCCAAUGUAGAUACUGCGCUUGUACCGAGACGCCUUGAGAGCUGACGCGCGCGCGCACACACACACACACACACACAGACAUCGAGGCGAUCGAGUCGAGGCUGCAUCGCAUGGAGGCGUUGCUGGGUGGAUUGUUGCAGAAUGACGAUCCGAGGGCACAGACGUUGUUGGGGGAACUCAUAGGUGCGCGUGGGGGAGCCCGCGUGGUGUCAGGAGACGACGUGUCCCCACGAGCGAGCUGACGAAAUGCACCCUUACGUGCUCUCUCAGGCGACGAGGAAGCCCGCGACGUCUUGACGAACGACCUCAAAGCCGCUUCGACCGCACCACCGGGUGCGAAACCGCGCAAAUCAUGGAAGAGAGCUGAGGAAGCCGCACCAGCUGCGUCGACAUCGGCCACCGCCGCGCCUACUCCUGGGCUCGAAUUCAACAACCGCCCCUCGUGGUUCAACAACGACGAUCUCGCGUUCGGGACGAACAUGACGGAUCUCGUGGGCGGUGGAGUCAGCACGUCGCUCGCAUUCGAUCCUUCCGGCUUCGGUGGGCCGAGGGUGAGCAGCAAGGCCGAAUCGGAGGAGAGCGGCUCCAUCCACGGUGCCUCGCCCGGUCCGUUCGGUGCCGGCAUUGACAUGGGCCCGCGCCCGGUUCUCUCCACAAGCGCUGGUUCGCUUCCCAUCCCCAUGCCCCACUUGGCCGAAGGUGGUAGCGCCGGUGCAGCGGGUGCCGCCGGUGCCGCUUCUUCGCCUCGACAACGUCGUCGGUUGAACCACCAAUCCCCGCUGAUCGGCACCUCGAACCUCGUCGGUGCCAAUGUCGACGAGCUCAAAAGUCUCGCCUUUGGUUUCGGCCAGCAAAACCAACGUCAUCUCAACACGCGCCAAGUCGGACACACGGGCACGGCAUCGUACAGCUUGAGCGCGGAUGCCGAGCUGAGUCCUUUGGGAGGGGCCAAUCCGGGCGAGUCGGAGGCCAUGUCGAGCAUGUCGGAAUUGGCCGAUAUCGUCGGGCAACUGAGUUUGAACGAGAAUUCAGAGGUGAGGUAUCAUGGGAGGUCGAGUGGGUUGUAUUUGAUCUCCAAGAGCGCGAGGUACAAGGGUGAGUCGCACGAAGUGGUGCUGGGUCUUGGGGAAGACGAAUCCUCAUAUCAUCGUUCCUCUUGUGCUCCGUGCAGACUUUUUCUGGUCCUUCCCCUCGGCCGGUGUGUGGCCUCCCGCCGAAGGCCGCGUGCGCAAGACCGAACGCGAGAUCCUCGGCCUCGACAUUGCGGAAGAUGCCCUACCGGACAAGGUUACACAACAGCACCUCCUCGACUUGUACUGGACCUACGUGCACCCUCAUUUCCCGAUCGUGUACAAAGUCUCUUUCCUCCGAGGGUACCGUCAUCGCAUGUCCCAUCCUGAAACGGAUACUCGACCCGACAAUACCGGCAUCAACAAAAUCCCUCUCGUCCUCUUGCUCUCCAUGUUCGCUCUUGCCGCUCGAUACUCUGAUCUGGACGGUGAUCGAACCGAGGGCAUGUACUGGACAGCCGGGGAUGUGUACCUGGAGAGGGCCAAGAAGUUGCUCGAUUACGAUUACGGCUCGAGCAGAUUGGUGACGGUGCAGUCAUUGUUGUUGUUGGCGUACCGCGAGAUUGGAACGGGGGCCAUGUCGUCCAGUUGGUUGUUUACUGGCAUGGGUGAGUUUGCGGUUGGACGCGACCGAACGUUCUGGCGAGGCAAGUACUGAUUCAGCUAUGCGUUUUUCUCAGCGAUCCGCAUGGCCCAAGACCUGGGUCUCUUCCGCGACGUCGAGAAAUGGUUCCUGCCCGUCCAACGCUUCUCGCACGAAGAGAAGCAGACCCGCAAGCGCGUCUGGUGGGGUUGCAUCAUCCUCGAUCGGUACACGGCCUCGUACAUCGGUCGACCAGGCACGAUUCACGAACGAGACUACGACACCUCCUUUCCUAGCGAGGACGAACCCGACGAGCAUGAGCAGUUCAUACCCUUGCGGCCGGAUGGUACGGAAUGGACUUCACCGCCCAAGUCGUCGGCGAGCGAGGCGGUGCCGACAAAGGCUUACCCGCAGUCCAAGGUCCAUGCCAUGUCGUGCUUCAGUGCGGCCGGCGCGUUGGCCGUUGUCAUCAAUCGGGUAAGUCUGAUUUCUCGUGAAAGGUAGGUUCAUGACCCCACGAAACUGACCCGUUACGCACAUCUCGCCUCAGAUCAUCGCCAACAUCUAUGCGAUCCGCAUCCGAGUGCUCGGGCAAAGUUCCGAGACGUUGCUCAGUCUGCUCGACCAGUCACUCGCGAGCUGGUAUCUGGCGCUCCCUCCGCAGCUCGUCUACAGUCCCGCGUCAAAGAGAGUGCCGCCGCCGCACGUUCUAACAUUGCACCUUCAGUUCUACUCGGCCUUGAUCCUGCUCCACCGACCCUUCAUCCCGGGGCAAAACAGCGAGGUCUCGCCCGGCAACUUCCCAUCGCAUUCGAUCUGCUCCACUUCGGCGAUCGCAAUCGCCAACAUCAUCCAAGUCUUCCGCAAGACCUUUACCCUACGUCAAUGCCCACCAUUCUUGACGUACCCUCUGUUCAGCGCGGCCAUCAUCUUUGUCUAUAACGCUUCGUUCGACGAGGCGCUCGCGCGACCGGCGAAGGUGUACCUCGCGCAGUGCAUGGACGCGUUGAAGGAGAUGGAGUUGAUCUGGGGUAGCGCGAUUCGCCAAUGGGAGUUGUUGAAUGGGCUCGUCGACACGAGCGAGGUCGACAUCAGCGCCGAGUUGUCGAUGAUGCAGGAUGAGGCCGAGGCGGCGCUGAGGGGGACCAAGCGACCGGCGCAGCCUGAUUCGGGGACGGCGACGCCGACGCGCUUUACUGGUCGACCGAUGGGAAGGGCACCAGGCGUUGCCGCGGCUACGGUGCCGAAAGUUGGGAGGAAGAGUAGUUCGGCGAGUCGGGGAUCUCGCACGACGUCGUCCGGUGCUCCGCUUGCUUCACCUUUGAUUCCGGAGGCGACGCCGCAAGCGAUCGCGUUCGACGUGUCGCAUCCGAGUGCUACGAACGCGAGUCCAUCGACGACGGAUGCGAUGAUGACGCAGGACAUGCACAGCUUGUUCGACGACUUGCACGCUGGGGCGGCAUCGACGCAACCCUCGACAACGGCACAGACGUCGCCCCCCACCUUACCUGUUGAGGUGACGACGGGUCAGACGCCUCAGCAACAUGCCACGAUGCAUACCGGUCAUCAACAUCGCCAUACGUACGACAUUAUGUCCCCUUCGGGGCAAAUGUUGGAUCUGUCGCAGUUCCGUUCGCCCGAGGGGUCCAAUUCGACGGCGAAUUUCCAAGACUUGUGAGUCGGCGCACGUGUUUCAUCAUAACGCUUGCACCAGCGCUACAGAGCACUAACACUAUUUCAAAUAAAAACUCUACCCAAAACCUCACAGACUGAACUCGUUCCUCUCCCCGACCGAAACGCCGAACGAAUUGAGCCAUCUCCCCAACUCGCUCCAACCUCUGCAAGGUCAAUCCGGUAGUGGCGCGACCCCGCGAGGGAUGUUCGAACCGACCGAUCCGUCGUACGCAGGAACUUUCCAAGGGUUCCCGAUGGGCGUGCACAUGUCGGAGAAUUGGGCAGCCUAUUUACCGAAUAAUUUCUUCUCGCCCUUGUCCGAGGGCGCUGGCGCGGAUACGACACCCGGUCAUCAAGGGACGGGUGCGGGGCCGGGAGGGGCGGCGGGGCAGGGACCGCUGACGGGGUCCAAUAUGUCGCCGGAGAGUUGA